AUGAUAUUUGCUGGUGAUUUUGCCCAACUGCCCCCUGUUGGUGGUCAAUCUCUAUACAGUCACUCAGUUGGGACACAAAUCCAUUCAGGCUUGAAGCCAGGUGGCCAAGAAGCUGCUGUAGGAAAAGCUCUCUGGCAUCAGGUUACAACUGUAGUUAUACUUAGAGAGAAUAUGAGGCAGAAAACUCAGACUCCCCAAGAUGCAUCACUGAGAAAAGCAUUGGUCAAUAUGAGAUAUGGAAAUUGUACUGCUGAGGACAUUAAAUUUUUGAGAACUCUUCAAGCUAGUAAAAAGCCAGGAAGACCUAAGAUUGCUUCAAAGGAAUUCAGAAAUGUGGCAAUUAUAUGUGGAAGACACACACAAAAAGAUCAAAUUAAUCAAAUGGGGUGUGAAAGAUUUGCUAAGGAGACAGGCCAAAAAUUGACCCAUUUUUACUCUGUAGAUAAGUGGGGAAAGGAUGCUGACCCAGCUAAUAAAACAAAGUGGGGAAAAUCAAAGGCUGCUUCAAAAUCAAAGCACAAGUCAAAUCAAAUUGACUUUGAUGAUCAACAUCAAAUCUGGAAUGUCAGACAUGGAUCAACUGAACACUUUGCUGGAAAGCUUUCACUCUGCCUUGGAAUGCUUGUGAUGAUCAGAAAUAAUGAUGCGACUGAGCUGUGCAUAACAAAAGGUCAAGAAGGAUUUGUAGUUGGAUGGCAGGCAAAGAAAGGUCCACAUGGAAAGAGAAUACUGGACACUCUAUUUGUAAAAUUAGAUAAGCCUUCAAAAACUAUUCAAAUACCUGGGCUUCCAGAAAAUGUGGUACCUUUAGUGAAGGGAUCUAAAACUAUUACAUGUACAUUCCCUAGUGACCUGAAGGAGUCUAUAGAAAGACAACAAGUUUGGGUUCUACCUAAUUUUGCAAUGACAGAUUAUGCAGCUCAAGGAAAAACUAGACCAUACAAUGUUGUCCAUCUUAACAGCUGCCAUACUCAUAUGUCUUACUACACUUGCCUCUCCAGAAGUGCAAGUGCAGCUGGAACUAUCAUUCUACAAGGCUUUGAGCCCAGCAUUGUUACUAGAGGAUGUGCAAAAUAUCUUAUGCAGGAACUUAGAGAACAAGAACUUCUAGAUGAAAUUACCAGGCUUAGAUAUGAAGGGUCACUUCCUCCUUGUGUUGUAGGAUACACACACAAUUCAUUGAUCAGAAAUUUUCAGAACUGGAAAGAUCCUUUAAGGUGGACUACAAAUUUUACAGAGAUCAACCAAGAUUAUUUAGGUGCAUUGGCAGCUGGUUUCAACAAGGUGCUUGAAGGAACACUUACUUUAGAAAAUAUCCUAUCAAAUUUCCUACAGGCAAAACAGGAGCUAGUGUUGGACAACUUACAUUUGAAAUGCUUAAACUGUGGAAAUGCAUAUGAAGUAGAUGAUACACUAGGAUAUGUUCUACAUGCAUUUGACCCUAUACCAGCAUCAACUUCAAAAUGGAUAGGAUCAAUUUAA